UGCGGAAAACUACUACAAGAAAUUCGAAAAAAUCCACCAAACAGCAACACCAUGAUCACCAUAGACAUCAGGCGUUCAGAGGCAAGAUAUCGGUGUCGUGAUGGAUUUAAGUUGGUUGGUCAGAAAAUACGGAGGUGCAAAAAUGGGAAAUGGACGAAAAAGCAAGAACCCAAGUGUUCAGGUAUAAGUUUCUUUUUUAGACUUGAUUUUCACAUUGUUUUCAUAUAAUAGUGUAUUAAUAAUUUGUUAAUUUUUCGCUUUAUAAAAUACAGUCAUAUAAUUACAUCGGAGGCACUGAAUGAUGUAAAUUAUGGGGCGAUUGAACAUAAUAUAUAUAUACAUGGAUUUUCAUCAAGCAGACAAAGGUUUGACGCUUCAGCAGCGACGAGUAAUUAUUUCUAGUGGAGCAAGAAACGUGCACACGCGUAAUCUUUAGCAUAAGUUUAGAAGUAACUUCACGGUUCUAGCCUGGGACCACGGUCUGCAUUGUGGGAAAAGGAAAAAAAAUCGGCGCACGUUAACUUCUUAUCACGGAUGUCAGCGUGAGCUUACUAUGUCGCUUUUGUAAAAAAAAUAUAUAUUAAGAGAUAUAUAAUAAGAGUGCAAGCAAAGAGAUCUAACUUCGAUCGCCAACUAGAGUAACAUCAGCUUCGCCGAAGAGAAAUAAGGACGUUUCAGAGGAAAAUGCGUCGCGUGUAACCGGUGAAAAACAGCCGAAUAGAUUCUCAAGGAGAUCCCUCAAGUUCGCAGUUCGCGUCGUAAUGCUCGUUUACAUAGCUUCUAGACGGAAUAUUGUAGAGUCAGUGUAGAGUUUACAUUUUCCGCGGAGAAAGAAGUGUAAGUUUAGCACCUUAUGCGACAGACUAUUCAGUUUGAGUAUAUUCCUGUUGAAUUAGUUUUGUCUGCUCAAAAUUGUUUUAAAGGCAGUCACAUUCAUUUUCUCUGAUUUUUCUCAACUGCUGUUAUCUUUGUAAUGGCAUGCGAGCAGAGGUUUCUUUCUUACAUGCAUGGCUUUUAGCGUUUACGUAGUCGUUCGCGUCGCUUGUAACUUGCGUAUUUGGUUUGUUAACUACGCGGAAGACUUUGUAAACGGCAAAAACCAUGCAGGAGAGAAACAUUACUGCUCACAGGGUAUCUCUGUACAAUUGUGGUUUAGGCGUUCUCGGAGAACAAGGCUUAGCUGUACGCAAUAUUCAUUCUUUGCUUGCAUCCACUGAUCUUUGGGUUUUAUCACGCUUUUGGUAGGAGCGUGAUGACAAAGGGUUUAAAAAUAAUCAUUUAACCUUGUCAGUAACUCAUUAUCCAGACAGAAAUUCGCAGGGCGACUUCGCCGCUGAGAAAGGGUAUCAACCCUUUUCCGCCAGGCCUUGCUCCCUUUUAAAACAUCAAAAUUCGUUGUAUUCUGAUGAAUCACUUCAGAGAUCUCCUGUUCAUGACGUCAGGUUUCUCCUUGUUAAACGGCGAGAUCCUUGCUUUAGCUCUCUGCAAGCACUUAACAAGGGUCGUGAAGAUAGAGAGACCGUCUUCAGAGGCAUGCAAGAGUUCAUGUGGCUAUGGAUUAUUCUUUCCAUUAUGGUGCACAGCCUCAUCGAUAUCGUUGGAGUUGACAACAUUGUUCCAGUCCUUCUCAUUGAGUGCCAUGUACAGACUCUCCUUGCAGUGAGCUCUGCAGUCACACUAUGGUCAGUCUUUAUUAACAUACAGUAUUAAAAGCCAGACACUUGGAAAAAAGUUCUGUUCUGUUGGUCAAACAAUUGUCCAGACGCGCAUUCCCACGAGUGGGGAAAUCAACCAAGGCAUUCCAACCAGUCAGUUCUCCAAGGCGACUAAUAUCCAAGCGGUUCAUGUCACCUGCAAACACAAUGACAGUACUCGGAUGCUUUUCCAAGAUGUUCUCGGUAAAAUAAUCACAUAAUCCAUUAGGUCGGCGUCUAAAUAAAUAUGCUUGGGUGGAUUAUAUAAUCCACAUACCAACAUGCGUUUCCUUCCAGGUAGUUCUAGUGUAGCGCAAAUGAGCUCAUACAACUUCGAUCGGUAAAUGUUCACGACUUUAAGAUUUCUUCCAACAUAGGUCGCUACCCCUACUUUAGCCUGUGUCCAGACGCUCGCCCUCCAGGAAAAAUCGGGAGAGGAGACUCCUAUCCCCGAAUUUUUUCUAAGGAGGGGGGAGGGGGACAUCUGCACGCAGGCUACCCCUCCUUUCGCCCUCAAAUCCAGUCCAAACCAAUUUCUAUCUCUCCUGUAAAUUGAGUAGUUGGGAAUAUUAACCACGGCAUCUGGCAUGUCCGGUGUUUUAAAUGUGUUUCGCUAACUAUACGCAAACAUCCACAUCCUUAUGAAUCAAAUCACUCUCUAAAGCCACAGAUGCACGAACUCGAUUCUUUAUCUUACUAAGACUGCAAAUAUUGAUGAGUAUAAAUUUUGGGACUGCGAAAACCGACCUGGUUAGGGUCACUUUCUGGGGUAGUCGUCUUGCAGCGGGUCGUUCUUUGUUGGGAAAGGCGACGGCUAUGGGCGACUUCGAUCUUUAGGGUAUGAUUAUUGAUCGGUUGCUGAUGUUUAUAAUUGCUCGACCCAUUUCCUCUGCAUUUAAACAUCCUCAGACUUUUAAAAGCGCCCAAAAUGACAGUAUCUGGUCUGCAGGCAAAUUUACGCAAAGAAAGCAUUACAUUUCUGUCAUAGUUGUCCUUAGUGAGUGGUCUCGGAGUAGAUCUUGUCGAAAACUCAAGGCAUCAUUAUUACCCUAACAAUUCCCCGGCAAGCCGAAGGCGAAUCGAACGAAGGGCCGGGAUUAUGAGCCACUUCCAUAUACUCGGCCAUACCAAUCAUCACCAUGCAAAGGUGUGAAAUAUUCCGAUGGUUGAAAACUAAACAAUGCGCAGUAUUCUUUCUACAAGAAGUCCAUUGUUUGAAGGACAAAGGAAUGUGUUGGACUUUCGAAUGGGGUAUUCAGCUAAAUUUAGUAGCCUCUCCAGUUCUAGCGCCGGAGUAAGCAUACUCUUAAACAACAAUGUUUACUCCACAUUCCGCUUUAAACUAUCUCCGAUCCAGAAGGUAGAUUCAUGAUUGUAGACAUAAAAAGCGAGAGUAAGACCUUGAUAUUAGUAAAUACCUACGCGCCAAAUAACGAUGACCCCAGUUUUUCUCAAAACGCCUUUACACGCCUUCUUACUUUUGAAUGCGAAGAAAUAAUUUUGGGUGGUGAUUUUAAUCUGGUUUUAGAUGUACAAAAGACCAAAAAAAAGGAGGGAACCCCGUAACGUGAAAAAUCUUUGCAAAAAGUUAAGUAUAUUGUUGAAGGGCAGACAUCUUGCCUGGUUUUAAAACGGACCAUUCUCUCUUAACACUACACUUGACAAACAACCCAAACCCUAGGGGACCAGGUUUCUCGAAGCUAAAUACUCUUUUUUUGUCCCAUGGAGAGUAUGUAGUUUUAAUUAAGAGGACAAUCAAUGAAAUAGCAAAUGAAUACAAUUGAAAUACAAGAACAAUAAUGAGGUGGACACCACUUUCCUGUAGGGUACUGUGAUGAAAAGAUCAAAACAUGGCCUCUUCGUUUUCCCGCCAAAGAAAACCCUAUUAUGGAGAAGGCAUUGCUCAAUUGGCCAAUCGUAUUUCAGUAUGACGUCAAAGCGAAAUAUCGGUUGAUUUCUAGAAAGUUCCCGGGAAUGACGUUUUUUCCCCCGAGCGUUUGCUAAACCAACCAAAGGCCACGCGCGUUUAUAUCUGUUCCAUAAACCAAUCAAAUCGCUUUAUUUCCGUUCGUUUUUUGUUUCUGUUUUGUCCGCACGUAUUCAUUUCAAGGUCAUUCGAAAAUUCCCUCUGUUGUAAACAUUAAUUGUAACAUAUUAUUUUAUCACGUUAGCCAAAGGCAGUCGUAAUAAAAACAGUCAUUUCUUUAGGUUCCGCCGGUUCCGCCGUCUGCAGUUCCACAGAUAAGUCUUACCCAUCAAGUUCACUGUACUACGCGAAAGAAAGCAACCCUAAAAUGAAAUCCCAGGACAAUUACUUAGAAAACGACAUUGAAUCCCUUGAAAAAAGACUGGAUGAGGAAAAUUUAUCGGAAACAGAAAAGAGUCAAGUACUGGACGAACUGGCCGCUAGAAAACUACUGAAGAGAAGAAAUCUGCAAACACAAAACAAAAGGCGCGAUCUCAGGAUACGAUCGAAAUCCCGUUGGUACAACGAUGGGGAAAAUACGAAAUAUUUCCUAAAACUUGAAAAACGACACUUUAAGAAAAAAAAAUAUUUAAAGUUUCCAACUGUCAUAAAAGUGUCGUUGAAAAAGAUGACGAAAUCAUAAGGGUGGCAAAAACUCUAUACUUCAACUGUCGCACCAAUGAAUGAUCUUUAUGAUGAUCUACUAUUUCCGGAGGGAAACUUCACUAUUCGUGGACCGGUGACGAAGCUCAGAAGUGCUCGUGGCUCUAUCUUUGUCGGAGAAAAAUCUCAGUGAGAUGGCCCAGAAACGAGUUCGGUGGUAGCGGAGCAAGUUUGUGAAUGAAUAUUUAAUCUUCCAUAUACGUCGCAGUUUGGAGGCGUUUGGAAAAGGCAGAUUGGUACUAUUCGGCGCGUAUUGGAUCGGACGCGCACUGAUAACCCAUGAACUGCUAGUUACUCUCAUUGUAGAGGUAAGGUAAGGUAAGUUAAGGUAACUUUAUUUAAACACGGUAUUUCCUAUGAUUAUCAACAGUUGCCCCGUUUCAUUACCCUCUGAAAUCGACCAACCGGAACCAUUAACCCUAGGUAUGCUACUUAUGAUGAUCAUUCGCCGUCUAGCACCCAACCCUGGCCACUUCGCGCCGCAGGACUUCUACGUCCGUAACUGGUGGCAGUUCUGGGUCAGAUGUAAAAGAGAGUAUCUGCAGACCUUUCUGAACAGAUCAAAGUGGAAGAAACAUGAACGCAACCUCUCUUUCGGAGACAUAGUACUCGUUAAGGAGGACGACGCAGAUAGGAAGGACAGGUCGCUGGCGGGGAAGAUAACAGAAGUAACGCGAAACUCAGAUGGCAAAGCAAGGAGGGCCGAAGUGAUCUCAUGAAAAGCGGGGAGCAUGAGGACCUAUGACCCACCAAUUUCCAGUUGAUUGAAUACAAUAUUGAUGAGAACAAGGAUUUCAAUUAAAAAUUCUUCCUUUCGGCAGUUGAUUUACUGUAGUUCCUUUUUGCAAUUAACCGUGUCGUAGUGCAAUUUUUACCUCAUUCUGUACUGUUCCCGAAAACCUUCUUGCGCAAACUUGUAUCACCUUGCAAUUUAUAGAGUACAAUAGAAUCUGUUGACUUGGUUAGGCCCUGGUACUCAUUUCUGUUGUUUUAUUCCUAAAAGGUAAUCCUGGCUGGUUAACUAAAUGCUCAGUAUAGAGUAGCUGCUCAAAAGGUGUACGUUAUUUCACCUUUCAAAUUCUAUACAAAAACUGUGUAAAGCGGUCUACAGAUUGAAACAUUUCUUCUUCUUCUAUAUAUAUUAUUUUGUGUUCUCUAAUGCAUCGUUAGUGUUAUACAAGACGUCUAUUUUGCCAUACUUAACUUACUGUCAUUUAGUAUGGAAAUUCUGCAAAUCAUCUAAUAGCAGAAAGAUCGAGCGCAUUCAAGAGCGUGCGCUGCGCGCAGUAUAUGUAUCUCAAAGUGAAACGUACGAGGGACUUCUCACUCGCGCCAAGCUGCCUACGCUUUAUAACAGGCGCUUGCAAGACAUUCGGCAAUACUAUUGUAUAAAGUAAAAUACGAGAUGGCGCCAAAGUGAGUAUCUGAGUUAUUCACGAUCAAAAGUACACACCGACGCCUAAGAAACUUUGAUUUUGAACUACCCCGCUUUGAUACAAUGGCCUUUGGGAGGUAUUGGCUGCGCAACCAAGGACCUUUCUUUUAGUCAAAGGUCAGUAGUGAGCUCAGAAACUUGACAAACUUCAAAGCAUUCAAAAAACGUAUACGCGGAGUGGACCUUUCGAGCAAUAUAGAUCAUUAUAGUAAUGCUGUGACCUGCGUAAAUUUUGAGUUGUGUACAUUCGUAAUAGUUUUACGUUUUAGGUAAGAUCAUUGAUUUCAAAGUUAUGUAAUAGAUUAGUGUGCCAGUACGUAGGAAAGUAUCCUCAAUUACCUAACUGUUAAGCUAAAUACAUUGACACUAAAAAACAAAGUUAUUAUUAUUUGGGAGGAAAAGAGAUACUAAAUUACUAUAAAGGGAGGAAAAGAGAUACAAUUUAAGAUCGUGUGCAAUGGGAAUCAUGCUUCAAACGCCAAGAACUUUAACUAAAAAGACAUUGGAUGACCGUGCUUUUUUAGCUGCGGCACCUAAACUGUGGAAUGGGUUACCAUCACAAAUACGAAAUGAGCCCAAUUUUAAUAGGUUUGCUUAAGACCCAUUUUUUUUAGAUUAGCUUUUUAUUAGGAUUUUUUUAGCAUUAUGUAUAUAUUAUAUUUUUAUAGAUCCAUUGUUUUUUUUAUAUGAUAUUUUUAGUUAUUUUGGAUAACUUAUUAAUGUCGAUAAUUUACUUUCAUGUAAUGCCCAUUUGAUCAUAUUUACAUGUAUUUUGCGCAAUAUAAAUAUUAAAUUAUUAUUAUUAUUAUUUGUAUAUGUUUUAUAAAGGCUUCGUACUAUCAGUUAAUACUGUAUUAAAGUGAUGAAAGUGUUAGAGUAUAGUCUUUUAAGUAGUUUCAACUAAACUGAAACUCUGCUUUUAGAGAUCACAGUUUCAGCAGCGGUCGACUACACUGAAGCUAAUUCCUUCAAAGAAAUCUUAAAAUAACUAUUCUUACUCAUUGAAAUACUCAUGAUUACAAGUCCGCGCCAUUACAACUUCUGUCGCAUCGUUUUAAACGUCUAAUCGCGAGGAGAAAAAAUUAUUUCGUCUAGUAAUGUUCUACGUUAAAAAAGAUUUUGUUAAAACUGUUCUAUUCAAAAUGAUAGUAGCCAUGUUAAGUCUAGAAAAAAAAGGGACAUUAUAGGACAUGAUCCAGAAUAAUAGUUUAAACAUAAAUUAUAGAUUAUAGAAAUAACUAACACUCAAUAAGGAUGUUGAAAUGGACUCGAAUUCCGUGAAGCAUAUAUUUCUCAUAAUAAUCUGAGAGUAGUUGCCAUGGCUUAUUCAAUUACCAUUUGCACUUAAGCACCAGUAGCAAUAAUGGAGCCAGUGAGGAGGAGAAAAGGGUUUAAUAUGCAGUUGCUUUAUGCUUCUUUUAGGGCCUUGUGGAAGACCAGCAAACAUCCCUCACGCGGAAUUCCAUGGCCGUAACUUUGACUACAAAGGCAAGCUAAGAUACAGUUGUAAAAAGGGGUACAAGUUGAGAGGCCCGAAUAGAAGAACGUGCCGCGAGGAUGGAAAAUGGAGCAAGCCCCCCUCGUGUUCACGUAAGUUAAUAUCUUACCUUUUGACCCUCGAUCGUGAAGGGUGGAGGGGGAAUAAACCACCCUUUGUCAAGCCUAGAAAGAGACAAUACGGAGCUUCUGGAAGAAAUCGGUCCAUGAACCAAGUUAAUACUAAACUAAUUUCGAAGGCUCAAGUUCAAAGAGUUCAUCAAACUUUGAUUAGCGUUCCCAUUACUAACCGUAAACGUACAGACCAUAGAAAGAGUCAGGACUUUCAAACUGUAAGGUACCUGGCUCAACAAAAACCUCAAAUAGUCUGACCACGUAAAGGGACUUGUGUCAUUAGGGACCAGUAAUUAUUUAUCGCCGGGGGGGAUUGAUUUUUUUUUUUGGGGGAUAUAUCUUGCAAAAUUGCUGACGUUUAAGCGAUCUUUUUCCUUGAAGGGUUAAAAACUUAAAAGUCCUCGCGAUUUUGGAUUUUUAUUAAGUCUGGAGAAAACCAAGAAGAUCUCUUGAGAUAAAUUUUUAUCUGUAAAAAUCUUGACAAGAGAACUGACAAAAAUAACGAGGAUAACGUUACGAUGAGUUUCGCACUUGUUGUCUCAGGAAAUCCCUUUGGGUUUGUGAUAUAUUUUUGUUAAAUUUUUGCAGCAUUAUCACGUUGCCGAAAUCCCGGAAAUAUUACAAUUCCAAAUGGAAAUGUGAUGACAACGGAUCCUCAAUAUCGCUAUGGAGCUGAAUUGGUGUUUGAGUGCAACGAAGGCUUUUAUCUAAAGGGCAAGGACACAAUCACCUGCAAGGAAUUUGGAUGGGAGUCUCAAACGUUACCCUACUGCAAAGGUAAUUAGUAAGAAUUCAGAAAAAGACAGUCAAAGCACUUGCGAAUAUUUUUGCUUUUGUUAGAGCCAGCAUUUUAAAGUCCUUUCAAGCUAGCUGUCACUGAAAGCUCUCGUAAGCGACCAAUUAGUAAACACGUGACAAGCGUUAAGUUUUUGAUCAAAUUCAGGGUGAUAAAUAACGUAAACAGUAACGGUGCUUAAGUGCAACUGUGGUCAGGCCUCGUGUUAUAAGUCUCAAUUUUGUUUUUCAUAAUCAUCACAGAGAAACAAUGCUCCGAUCCAGGGCGACCUACAAAUGGUGACCGAUUGGGGCGUUUUAGGGUUGGAAGCACGGUUCGAUUUUCCUGUCAGUACGGAUUUGUAUUGCAUGGUUCCAGAGAGAGAACUUGUAUGGAAAGUCUGGAAUGGAGCGGAUCGUUAACAACCUGCCAAGAUGGAAGUAAGACUGAAACACAUGUAAACUUUUUCCUUACUAGUUCCUCAACCAAACGUAGUGAGUUAGCCACCUCUGUAUGAGUCAUAGAAUGCUAGGAGUUGAAACGUUUACAUUUGCUUUAUUAGUACCUUGUGGUUUUGAACGUUUGGUACGUGAGGAACGACAACUAUGUUUCGCCUCAACAACGACAAAACGACAAAUUUAAACUAAAGUAGAAACUCUCAUUUUUAAAUGAGAGUUUCUACUUUAGUUUAAAUUUAUUUAUUUUAUUAUUCUUUCCUGUACUUCUACGAAUGCAGGCCCUAUUCUUAUACUUAAAAGUAUAAGAAUAGGGCCUGCAUUCGUAGAAGUACAUGAAAGAAUAGGCAAAAGCGCUAGCUUGUCGUAUUUCAUCUACCUCAAAAUAGCAGUUGUUCAAAUGGGAGACGGCGUAAAGGACGCUUGCUUUCCCGUGCCAAAUGAACUAAAACUUCGUUGCUUGAAAGUCAGUUUCUUUAAGUAGUGUACAGUACCGCAAAUCAUCCCCCAAAGUGGACCGCAAAUGAUCCUCGACGUCGGCCGCAAAUGAUUCCAUUGUCGACCGCAAGUGAUCCGGUGAAAAGUGGAGGAAUGGAAUGGAUUUUAGGCAUGGAUGGUGAACGUGCUGAGAAUUUGAACAGCGUAGAACAAUGAAAUGAAUAAAACUAUAAAUAACCGAACUGUUUCCUUUGUCAAUUGUUUUCUUCUUUCUUUCAAGCAUUUGAUUUUUCUUUGCUAUGAAAAUUUAGGACCAGAAGGACGUUAAGAAGAAAACUUGUCUUUCAUUUUAACGCCUAGGAAUAGGGAAAUAUUGCAUGACCACUGUUUUUAUGACUCUGUGAAGGUUUCCAGUUUAUUUCGAAAUACACUCAGCAACUGCAGCUCGUAAAAAUGUCGCGUCUGUCGUUAAGGACCCUGUCGGCGCAAACCUGUGUAUUUAUUUCAGGAAAAGAGAAACGAAGGAACGAUUAAGUGGAAAUUUUUUAACCUUUAAGCAAAUAAUUCUCCUAAUGGGGUUGUACUAGAGCAAACUUUUAUUUGGGGUCGUUUUCAGAGACUUUCGCCGUACCAAAAGUUAUCAUUUCUGAAGUUGUUACAAGGUAUCCGAUAGAUAGGAUUUUAGGAAUUACUUGUUAAGAAGAUUGUAUCUAAUUGAACUACAGUGUGUGAAUUUUAGUUCAGUUUAGCUUAAAUGUUAACAAGCAAUUAAGCAAGACACCGCAUUGCUGUUCAAGAGCUAUUGUUUUACAGAUGGUAUUAAUUUUUUUCUUGUUUACAUUAAUUUUUAAUCAACUAAGGUUUAAAUGUAGUUUUACGUUUCUUUUUUCCCGUCUUGGCAUUUAUUUGUUAAAUGUGUUCAGUUUAAUAAAUACUUUUUGUUGCGAUAAUAAACGUGACACAACGAUCCAGUAACUUGACACCAGGCCAUUGUAAUUUUCCUCUCAUUUGCGGUCAACAAUGGGGAUCACUUGCGGUCGAGGAUCAUCUGCGGUCCAUUUUGGGGAUCAUUUGUGGUCUGGGGAUCAUUUACACACGGGAAUCAUUUGCGGUACUGUACUGUAGCAAGAGAGAUUCGUACUUACAAACUUCUUUAGGCAGCUAACAUAGUAAAAAGGAAUUUUUCAGUUCUUUUAAUCAAAUCUUUGUCGCGAAAGGUUUCUAAAUGUUUAAUAGUAUUGGACUUUUUCAUUUCGCGCUUGACAAUGACCACUUGUUUUGAAGGAACUAUAUAGUUUAAUGUAUUUUGUAAAGGCAAGUUCGUACCUGUUUUUUCCUUUCCUUUGUUUGGGUGAGUUUUACUUUUUCAUAGAAAAACGCACCGAGAGUCUGUUCAUACGUCGAUCAAAAUCUGUUUUCUAGGUUUUUUUUACUUUAUUUUCUUUUUCCAUAUUUUGCCUUUGUAGGCACCGACUGUCCCAUUCUUGGUACACCCAUAAACGGCCGGAAAUACGGAAGUAAAUACAACCAUGGAAACAUUGUGACGUUUGAUUGCAACCAUGGGUUUGUGUUGAAAGGCUCCGCGGUGAGAAGAUGCAUGGAAAAUGGCACAUGGAACGGUACAGAAGCAAUAUGCAGAGGUAAAAAGUGGUGAUAUAAGAUGUCUAACCAAUACCAGUUUAAGGUGUUUCAAUACAGUUUUUCGGAGACCUGGCACCAGUUGUUCAAAAGGUGCAUAGUGCUAUCCACUGGAUAAAUCUCUAUCCAACGGAUAUUGCAAUUGGUUUCCCUAAUACUUAUCCGCUGGAUAGUGAUUUAUCCAAUGGAUAGCGCUAUCCAGCUUUUGAACAACUAGGGCCGGAUCGAUAUUUUUAAUUCGCCUUAAAAGUGAUUUUAUCCUUUUCCGAUCGCUGAUUAAAUUUUCACCAGUGAUUGACUAUAGAUUUGAGGUUUGUCAAAAUGCAGUUUUAAUUAAAAUUUAUGUAACUAUGACAACAAAAAAACGCUGAAAUCUAAUAAAAGCCAAAUUUUUGUGCGAUCUAGGCCUGCUACUCGAAAUCCUUAAAUAACCUCCGUGAGAAAUAAAAAAAUCUGUUUUUUUGAAUUCGAAUAUAACAUAAAUAUAUUUUAAACCUUGUAUUUUCAAUAGCCGUGAUAAAUUGUUUAAUGAAAAAGUUCUGAAUAACUCAAAUUAAUCUUAAGUAGGUCAGAAUGCUGCUUAAUAUCAUAUUUCGCUGAGUGAAUUUUGGUGCAUUUUCUAGAUCUCUUGUGAUCCUGAAAACUAACCGAUUGUCCUUCCACCUGUCUAGGUACAACUUUAUUCUAAAUUUUGAGUUUUAGCGCUUACCUGUAUACCUCUAAAACGGCUCGACAGACCUUGCCACAUAAUCUUCACGUUGUAUUAUAUCAAAUUACUUAACUUCAAAAGGUACAAUUAUUGUCGAUGUAAAAAUUCGUUCUGAAGAUGAUAUUUCAAAGCUCUCUUGAAGAGAGCGGCAUUCUUGCAAAGUUUCAAAUUUAUAUCGAGCUUAUUCCAGAUGGAUACACUUCUAUGGUAAAAAGUUCUCUGUCCUGUUAAAAAGCAGAAUGUUCAGUUGUUAAAAGUUCCUUUUUGUUCACAUCAAGGUCUUUGACUGUCAAAGCUGGAAUGCUUUUUCUUUCCUUUUAAAGUCCGGUAAUUUAGCUACCAAAGAUCAUUAGUUCAUCUUAUCGGGAUUAAGCCUAUUCAGACAGAUUUUUUUUGUCUCCCUACCCUCAAUAUUGAGCUCAUCGGUAGAUCAUGACAUACUAUUUGGCAGACUUGCACAUCGUUUCGGAAUCACCGGAAAAGGCCUUAUCUUGGUUAACGUCUUACUUGACAGAACGUACCCAACUUGUCAAAGUGGCAAAUAAGCACUCCAUCAGUCGAAAACGUCUCUGCGGUGUCCCCCCAGGUUCGGUGCUAGGUCCUGUCUUAUACUCUACGUACACCACACCCCUUGCAGAAAUAGUAAGACAACAUGGCUUAAACUUUCACUUCCACGCUGACGACACGCAGUUAUACCUUUCGUUUAACCCAAAGGCGUGUUCAGUCAUGCAUCAGCGAUAUUACCAACUGGAUGACAUCAAACAAGUUGAUGCUGAACAGUGACAAGACUGAAAUCCUUGUGCUCAACGCUUGCCAUCGUGCCUCGUCGUUCACUGUAGUCUAUUACAGUUCGCCGUGACGUGAUGCAUGCUUCACAUGCCGCAAAGAACAUAGGGGUCUGGUUCGAUGAAUUUCUAUCAAUGGGCAAACAAGUGAAAGCAGUCUGCCAAUCGGCCUUCUUCCAUCUGCGCAAUAUCACUAAAAUUAGGAAAUAUAUAUCGUUUACUCACUGCAAGAUUUUAAUACAUGCAUUUGUUGCGUCAAAACUGGACUACUGUUAACUCUCUCUUAUCUGGGCUACGACAGGAUCAUAUUAACAAACUUCAGCUUGUGCAAAAUUCUGCCGCACGUCUUUUGACUGAAACAUAUUUCACCCAUCUUAAGGUCUCUUCUUUGGUUGCCUAUAACGGAAAGAACUGAUUUUAAACUUUUACUUCUUACAUUUAAAUCACUUAAUGAUGUAGCACCGCCUUAUAUAGAAGAACUGUUUGUUCGUUAUAGACCAACAAAAACUCUGCGUUCUGCAGAUGAAGGACUCCUAGUACAAACUAAAUAUAACCUUAAAGCCUACGGUUUCAGAGCUUUUUCACAGGCAUCUCCUAAGAUAUGGAAUUCCAUGCCAGUCAGUUUACGCAUUUGUUGUGAGCUGAGCGCUUUCAAAUCAAAACACUUCUUCUUAAGCGUACUUUUCAGCUGUAAUUUUAUUUUAUUUUAUUUAUUUAUUUAAGUCAUUGUAAUAUUUUAUUAGGUUUAUUACUAUUAGUCCUGACUGUAAAGCUCGUUGGAUCACUAAGAGAAAGGCGCUAUAUAAAUGUAUAUUAUUAUUAUUAUUAUUAUCAUUAUUAUUACUAUUAUAAUUUCCAACACCUACAAUCAUGGACGAAAGUCUUGACGCCCUUUUGCAUUUCUGGGGCGUUUUCUAAAUCACACAGCUCCAACCCCUCCACUUACCCAAAAACAAUGUCGGACCCUUGUACCGCGAAUUUUUUUGCGAAGCAAUUCCAUCGACUUAAACCAUAUCGGGCCCAUUCCCCAAAACUGGAGCUGAUUGCAGCGGAAGUUGGUCAGCACGAUGUUUCGAACAUCGCGCACAGUACUCGGUUUCAAAAUCACAGUGCAUUACCAAUAUUCGCUAAAAAUUAACUAAAGAAACACGGCUGAGGUAUAUUCAACCAAAAAUUGAUUGUAUUUGAAAUAAUAUGCGUCAAAAAGGCCAUCUCCUAAAGUGAAUACAACAUUACUCACUUGAUUCAGUAAAGAAAAAUCAUCCUGUUACGUUUUCUCUCCAUUUCAAGUAAGUACAAGAGACUAUAAAGGGGACAGAGAGGGCAUCCCCCAUAUACACCCUAUUCCAUAGGUAAUUCGUCUCGAGUUAUUUUUAGAAUCGGGAUAAAGUUACCUCGCGCGAGGCGUGGAUGUUUCGUGGAGGUUUCGCAUGACCAAACGCCGUGCAAAACAUGUCGGGCGAGAGGCAAUGAAAGCGUAAAAAGAUCGAGAGCAUUCCUGGAUAUUGAAGCGAAAUGAGUCGGCGCUCACCUAGGAAAAAGGAAUCGCUGGACUCUUUGACAACCCGUGAAAUCAGUUUAACUCAAAGUUGUCGUAACCUCAGUGCUUUAAUAAAAUGAGAAAUUUCACCGGUCUAUUGAAACCGGUCGUUUGUACAAUUUAGGGAGUUUAAGAUCCAACGACGCGCACGACAACUAGAACGUCAAAAAAACAAUAGGUUUAAUUAGCAAAACAACAAUUUCGCACGUGCAACACACUUUUUUGUUCAUUUCUUUCCCGUUUUUGCACGACUACGACUUGAAAAUGCCUAAUUUCGCGUUUUAUGGAGGACGUAAAUAAGCGAACGAAAUUUUAUUUCUCUUUCUGAGCUUGAAUAUGGUCCCUUGAAAUUCAGCUUUAGGAGGGAUCGCCUACAGUUGACAAAGUAAGUGGGUAGGAAUAAUCGCUACAAAGGCUGAAAAAAAUAAACAUCAAACCAGAAAUUGCUCUCUUCAAACUGUAAAUUAUAAAUGAUCCUGAGAGAAUAUUCAGUGUGUUAAGGAUUUCCCUGCUCUACUGUUAGCUCUAUACAAGAGAGGAAGGGCGAUUCUUUUUUAAUUUCGGUUUCGCUGACACAGCUUUCGCAGAAAUCUCGCUGUAGUCGUUUUCGUCGACAAAAGGAAUAGCAAAAUCGCUCUCCGCGUCUUCCCCCAUUUUGUUCUGUGUCAUUUCGUGAAGGACGCGUGGCUCUGGUCGUGGGUCAUCCACGCGGAACACAUUCGCGCUAUGUGAUUGGCUGUAGUCUAAUCCCCCUUGAGAUCUGGGGUGUUAAAAAUAACUCGAGACGAAUUACCUAUGGAAUAGGGUGUAUAUGGGGGAUGCCCUAUCUGUCCCCUUUAUAGUCUCAAGGUAAGUACUAACUGUAACUAGAAAAUUGAAAAUUGCGUUUUCGCUGUAAAUAAAAGGGUCAAAGGAUGUAUCUACACCUAAAUUUUCUCUCACCAUCCCUGAGACGUUAAGAUUCUAUACAAAAGGCACACAAUAUUAAGGUUUUAGAGUGAGUACUGUCGUGCCAAAACAGGACCAACUCAUUAUUAUCUACGCCUCUAAUGCAAGAGUGGGAACUGGGGGGAGUCAGGGAGUAAUGUAGCAGUAAUGUAGCAGUAAUGGACUGUUACUUUUGGAGACCUGUGUAUCUCACAUGCAGUUUAUCGGCUACCCACCUACACCCAGACGGACUGGAUGCACCCACGCAGCAAGCAUUGGCAUCUGAUCAAUUAUCACUGUGUAAGAUAUUUGUAACAAUUAAAAUUUUUCGUUUUCUUAUUCCGGAAUACGAUUAAUAGAACGCACUCUAAGUUGUCAUCGCAUUCUCUGUACUCUCCACGUAUAAUCUGGCGGCGAUUUUUACGUGUGCUCGCCUAUUUCGCUCGCUCUACUAUCCCAGAGGAAACUAAGGGACAACUCAUAGUCUAACAUCGUUGCCGCUGUGAUAAUUUUGUCUGGAAAUGGAGUAGCCAUUUGGGAAGUUUUGGUUGUGACAAACCUAACCUAAACCUGCAUUAAACAGUAACCCUCUGACCGCAGACAGGUUUGAUAAACCUAAGAGUGAAUCAAGAUAAUAAAGAUGGUGACAAAAGGAAAUAGAGAGUUUACGCAACUACUACGACAACGGCAGCGAAACUUCAUCGCGAAUUUCCCUAAAAAUAAAUUAUUUCAGACCGUAAUCAAGAUGGAUAAAGACAAGAAAACGGAUGGCUCUCUGUCUAGUGGGGAUUUCGUAUCAAAUGAUUUCUUGAUAAGACAGGGGUGUGGUAGAUCACGUGAUGUAGUUAUAAACAAUUUUUCAAAUGAAAUUGGCCUUAAAUGAUUGGCCUUAAAUUAUUAAUGAUGGGACACCUUGAAAAUAUUUACAUUACAUCAACCCCCUUUUAAUUUCUGAGAAAUCUAUGAACACCCAGAAAUUAAUCUACUUGAGUUAUUUUGCCUGUAAAAAGGCAUCUCUCGUGCUGUUAUUGUCAGAACGUGCUGAUAUUCUGUCACGUUAACAAACACUUUUAUUAAUUCGAUGCUCAUUACUACUGCCCCUAGUUUCAUUUCAAAGGGUGUUUUUAAAAACGUCCAUGUACACGUUACAAGGUGUGGUGAAUAAUUCAACAACAUUCAACAUGCGUAAAGCGUGAAACAGAAAAUACAAACAAAUCAAAACAAUCGACACAAGAAAAAUAAUAUGGACAAAGCAAAGGAAAACAUUUAAUACAGGCUCUCACGCCUCCUCUGAGAAUGAACCAAGAAAAAUGUCUUAGAACAUAAUUGCUCUUUAAUCUAUCUUGGGAAUUGUAAAAGUGAGUGUUUCUGUCUUGGGACCCAAAAUAAUAUUCUGAUAGGACGAAAAGACAAUCAAGGAAUUAACAAAGUGCAAACAACUGACAACCUGGAAUUCGUGACACACCUCCAACAGCAGUCAACAACACUAAUAGCCUGUUGUCAAAAGGCUAUAAAUUUUUCAAAAUAUAAGCUUGCUAGCUAAGGAUCCAAAAGCAAGCCUAAAUUACAAGACUAUAAACCAUGACAGACAUCAUACCGUGCCGAUGUGAAUCUGACUUGUGAACAUGCGAACAGCGAUCGCAGUUCUCCAAAUUCACUAUUAGUUUGUAAUCUUAUCUCUUUUAUGGAGGCUGCUUUUGUGCUAAACUCCUUAAUAACAAUAUGGACCUGUGUAUUGAAAAAAUGAUAGCCAAGCGACUGAGAAAUAAAUUUCACUUCUUUUCUGUUAUAUUAUGCUAACGGACAUUUCAUGACUUUAACAUGAUGCUAACUUUAGAGAGUUUUAGACCUGGUGCUUUUCAAAAGAAGCCAUGUUUGUUUCUUUAAGUUCAACGCUGUAAAUCGAGCCAGUCUUUUAAACGAAUUAACUACAGAAAUACAAAAGUUUCAACGAUUUCUCGCACUGUGCAAUUAGUUCCCAGUUCCCCGCUCGGUUGUACGACCUGUAUGCGGAUACACAAACGCUUACGCUGAAAAGCUGUCCGUAAAUCGUGCCUCAUGUGUUUUUGCGUGAACAAUUUACAUCAGAUUAUUUAUCUACCUAAGAGCUCUCUAUGGACAAAAAAAGGAAAUAGAUUUUUCUACUUUUGCCACUAGAUGGUCGAUAUUUCCUGGCUGUCGCUCAUAAUGGUCGUAAAUACACCAGAAACAGAAAUUCACGAACCUUAUGAGAAUAAAACUGAAAAAAAAAAACAACAACAACAUUGCAUGCGAGGAAACGAAGGCCUGGUACAAAUGUCCCUAAAGUAGUCAAAUAUAAAUCUCCUAGUCGUUCAAAGCGUAACAACUAGACAAGCUAAUGGUUAAUAUAUCGCGUGGUAGUGUAAACAGUUUACAACCGAACACUGUCAGGCUUUACUCACUUCACUCACCGUCCAUCACGGAGUUGAUAGCAUAUAGCAUAGCACAGGACAGUAGACAAUCAGAUUUGUGAUAAAAGGCCGGUAGAUUUAUACGAAUAACGUAUACUAAUAUCGAAUUACUUCUUUGAACUGCAGUCCAUAUUUUCUAUAUUGUCUUCAAGUAUUACCGUGUACCUACGUCCCAUAUAGCGUAGAGGUGAAUGUGUUAAGGACCUCUCCCGCCGCUGCAAAAUGGAAAUGCUCCCACCUGUUAACUAGACAAGAGAAACAUAGUUCUUGUUAAUGUCAUCUGUACGACAAAAAUGUUUUUCCAGGCGUUAAGAUUGUGGGGGCGACCGAAAAAGAUGAGAGGGAUGGGGGUAGGGAGUCAUGCGACCAAGAAGGCCAAGUCAACGGCUAGGCGAGUUUUCUUGUUGAUAAAGUAAAAAAAGAAAACAACAACAGCAACAACAACAAAACAAAAAAAGUGUUAUUUGUAGAAUAACAAAGAAUUUUAAAGCAAUCGGUGUCACGCAAUGCGAGUUCGGCAUCAAGAUGCAAAUUUGAGUUGAAACCUUCAAUUCUGAAUCGCGUUGUGCCGCAAGUUUUAUUGAAUAACUUGACAAAAUAGCUAUUAAUCUUUAUUUAAAACAUGUUUUUAGGUCUGGCUUAGGUACCACACUGGAAAAUUUUAUGACGUUUUUGAGGCAUUUUCUCGUGCAUUUUGCUUUCUUCAUUCGGAUUAUAGUGAAAUAAAGACGAACAGUUUUUGCUGAUUACAGAAGGAUAAUGCCUAUCUAUUGGAACAGUAAGAAGGAGUAAUAUGCUUCCAAAUGAGUGCAAAUAGUCUAAGAUUUGAUGACUCGAAGUACUUUUUAAAGAUCGUUAAAAAACCUGUAUAACAGAGUCUAAAAUUUGCACAUUUUAGCCGCCGCUAACAAUCGUCGAGCGAUGAAAUGCUGGGAAUGGUAGCAAACAAUUUCCUCAUUCUAACUGGAACUUCGUUAUAAGGAAGGACAGUUUUACUGAUUAUAAAAAUAUAAGGCAAAAGUUUUUUCGAGUCCCAAAUCGAGUGGAACGCUUUUAGGGAGGUUGCCUCUUAAAUGCUAUUUUGGUUUCAUUUCAGACAAGUUGCAAGUCCAAUUUAAGGACGUUGACGAGACUGCCAAAAUUCUCCGCAAAAAUAUCAUUAACACGAUAUUGGGAUAUGACUGUAGCCGCGGAAACGAGAAUGGAUGUAACAAGACGAAUGCUCAAGACGUGGACACUCGAGGAAGGGCUUUAAUACUGAACUCUGUUAAAGAACUGGAUCUAGUGUUUGUACUUGAUGCAUCCAGUAGCGUAACGAGGGAAGGAUUCCAGAUUGGUUUGGGAUUCGUUAAAAAACUUGUGAGGAAAAUUGGUGCGAGUAAAAGGUAUGACGUAUGUUUGAGCGUGAUGGAAAAAGUAGUAUUUUAAGUUUAUCAUGGGCUACAUUAUAGGUAAAGCACUCUUAUUCUCCUGUUAACACUCCCCAUCUUCCUAAAAUUUACUACUGCGUGAGACGUCUUUGUGUUUAUCAAUAUAAUAAGAACAAUCAGAAGACUCAAAGUCAUUGAAUAAUGAUAAUAAUAAUAAUAAUAAUAAUAGUAAUAAUGAUAAUAUUAAUAAUAACUAUUCAUUUUAAGUUGAUAAAUUCUUGCAUGUAGCAUUAGACAAAAUAAAAAUAUGCAAGGGAUUAAAAUUGGCAAAGAAGAGGUCAAACUGGCCCUAUUUGCCAAUGAUUUGUCUUGUUUUGUGAAAAAUUAUACAUCUUCUUAUGAGCAAUUAACCAGUAGCUUAGAAAAUUUCGCGCUAUCUCUGGUCUUAAAGUUAACUCCGAAAAGACUGAAUUCUUCUGUCUAGGUUGAAGAAACUGGAAUUUUUCUCCCCAUGAAUUCAAGACGUCAUUAAAAAUCCUAGGUGUGCAUUGUAGCAAAGCUCUCGUGCGCGAAGCGCGCGCAGCGUAGCACCAUGGGUAAGAAAAUGUGGUAACCUAUCCACACAACCGCCCGAAAGACCGUCCGUCCGCACCACAGGCAUACCGAUGUAAAAUAACUCAACCAACAGGUAUGGCGAUCCAAAUGCAACUCGAGGUUAGUUUGGAGGGAUCGCAUAGCCACCCGCGUCUUGUAAAAGAGAGUCAGCUAAAGAGUCAAUAAAGACAAAAACGGAAAGCGGAAAUUGUUUCUGUAUCCGUGUUGUCUAAAGUGUUAAGCUUAGAUUAAAUAUCAUGUCCACAAAUUUGGAAUAUGGAGCAAGAGAAAGACAGAGAAAAAGAGAAAGUAGGCGGCUGGCCAGCGAAACUCAACGAGAAAAAGGGCGACAGAGAUCCAGAGCGAGAGAUAAAAAACAUUCUUUGUUGGAAGAACAACAUGAAAAUUUUGUAGCGGCGGUGACAAAAUGAGAAGUGCUAGCGGCCGCCAAUGCAAGGUGAAAAUGAACUCAGGCCGGUUCGAAUUUGUAAUUUUUGCUGUCGUUUACAUGAGACCGGUACAAAUUCAAAAACAGGAGAUUCUUCGUGCUAUAUAACUUUCUUAAGUUUUCGUAACUGGUACACAAUUUACGCCAAUUAAGACAGUGAGUAGAGAACCGUAGAUUUUGCUGCUUCCAGAAAAUUGUAAACUUUGUCCAACGCUUAUCUAGUGGCAUGUUAGCACCUCAAAAUGAUUAAAUCCCUCACAUCAACCGAAGCAUAUAUUCAAUUAAAGCUACUUCCAAGUCUUGUUUACAGUUAUUCAUAGCAGUGUUCUUAUUUUGCUAAGAAAAAGCAAAAAUGAUGGAGCCAUGCGAAGAAACAUGCUAUGUAUGGACCCGGUCUGAGAUUCGUUUCCGUUUUACAUGAGAACGGUCCGGUACAGUCUCAGACCGGUACGACAAUAACUAGUGUCGGGUCAGCGACCGACACGAAGUCAGACCGGUGUAAGUUCAUUUUUAGGUCGGUCCCAUGUAAACGCAUGAAAAGAAACGUAUGGAGAGCGAUACGAACUCAUAACGGUCUGAGUUCGUCCCGGUCUCAUGUAAUUACCCCCUAAAUCGUUUGUUUCACUACUGAGUAAAUUACAAUGAUUGAUGAAAUUGACAUGUAGUGGGCGUAUUGGUUUUCUAAAUUUAGCACGAGUGGCCGUAUUAAUGGGGUAAAAUUAUAAAGCAAGCUACUGUUUGGGAUUUUAAAAUGUGGCCGUUGGCUGUAUUAACCGGAAGCGGCAUUAACGGUCUUUUUUAUAACAAAAUGUAGGGCCAUUUUUCCGGGACAAAAAAAAAAUUUGCCGUAAGGCGAGGUUCCAUUAUAUGUAGAAGUGACGGGGAUUAACACUUUUGGAAAAAUUCGAAUAGUUAAAUCUGUUGCCAUUCCAAAAUUUAUGUCAAAAGCAACUUUUAUUUAUGUUUCCAAGGAUCUUAUUCAAGCUGUAAAAAAAGAAUUGUAUGAUUUCAUCUGGAAUGGCAAAGACAAAGUUAAGCGCUGUGCGUUAAUUGAAGACGACGGUCUAAAAAUGCUCGAUAUAGAAUGUAUGAUCAAAGCCCAAGGAAUAAUGUGUUUGCAGAAGUAAAUCGAAGACUAUGCUAGUCCUUGAAAAGUUUUUGUUGGAUUAUUAUUUAGGGGACGUAGGUGGCAGAUUUAUUUGAAAUGGCAGUUUGAUACAUGUUAUUUGCCCGUAUCCCUUCCGGCAUUUUAUAAGGAUUGUUUUUUGACGCAUGGUAAUUUCUUACUAAGACAGAUGUUGUAACAUAUGGGAAUCAAGAGAGGAUAAAGGGGAUAGAGAAGGCAUCCCCCAUAUACACCCUACUCCAUAGGUAAUUCGUCUCGAGUUAUUUUUAGAAUGGGGAUAAAGUUACCUCGCGCACUGCGUGGAUGUUUCGUGGAGGUUUCGUAUGACUAAACGCCAUGCAAAACAUGUCGGGCGAUAGGCAAUGAAAGCGUAAAGAGAUCGAGAGCAUUUCUGAAUAUUGAAGCGAAAUGAGUCGGCGCUCACCUGGGAAAAGGGAAUCGCUCGACUCCUUGACAACACGUGAAAUCAGUUUAACUCGAAGUUAUCGUAACCUCAGUGCUUUAAUAAAAUGAGAAAUUUCACCGGUCUAUUGAAACCGGUCGUUUGUACAAUAAAGCAAGUAGCAAGUAAUAUUCAUGUACCAGUAAUUAGUUUUACAAAUUUGAAUUUUAUUGUAGUUUUUUUUUAAGUUGUUAAGCGCUGUUGAUCAGUGAAUGCAAAUAGCGCUCUAGAAGUUCUUAAAUUAUUAUUAUUAUUAUAGGACACCAAGUGUUAUUUUUGUUGAAUAAUAAAAGACUAAUAAAAGAAUAAAUAUCAAACCAGAAAUUGCUCUCUUCAAACUGUAAAUUAUCAAUGAUCCUGAGAGAAUAUUCACUGUGUUAAGGAUUUCCCUGCUGUACUGUUAGCUCUACACAAGAGAGGAAGGGCGAUUCGUUUUUAAUUUCCGUUUCGCUGACACAGCGUUAGCAGAAAUCUCUCUUUAGUCGUUUUCGUCGACAAAACGAAUAGCAAUAUUGCUAUCCGCGUCUUCCGCCAUUUUUUCUGCCUCAAUUCGUGAAGAACGCGUGGCUCUGGUCGUGGGUCAUCCACGCGGAACACAUUCGCGCUAUGUGAUUGGCUGUUGUCUAAUCCCCCUUGGGAUCUGUGGUCUUAAAAAUUACUCAGACGAAUUACCUAUGGAAUAGGGUGUGUAUGGAGGAUGCCUUCUCUGUCCCCUUUAUCCUCUCUUGAUGGGAAUGUAAUGAAUCAAGUGAUCUGGAAUAAUAAGGAGAUACCUAGUCAAGGAAAAUCUUUAUAUCAGCCCUUGUUUCACAAAUGUGAGAUAAUUAAAGUCGGUGAUUUGAUCUCUAAUGACCGUACAUUCCUUAAAAGUGAAAAAGUCCCGGGAGGCUACUCCUGGGAAUUCUUCGUGGGGGUGUGCCGCCCGGUUCUUCAAAUCCUGAUCCGAUUUUAGAUAAAAAAAAAAGAUGUAGUUUUCCACACCCGUUUUCAGACUAGACCUCUAAAAUCCAUAGCCGUUUUCAAUUACUUAGACUAGAGUUCAAAGAAGAAAAUUAUUCAAAUCCAUUUCAAAUUCGUAUAUUUCUCUUUCUUUCUCAUUCAUUUGGAAUUGAAACUAUAAAUACGUUCAUACACUCCCGUAGUUCCUUUCGAUUCCUUAGGCAAACCAUACCCGAUUCCAGACCAAAAUGGGCAAAGUGUAUAGGGCGGCACAUACCUAUAUGGCUUAUAAAAGGGAGUACCCCCCCCCCCCCUGCCCUCUCGGGGAAAAAGUCCUGAAAGCCCAAUUAUCGUCCGAGUCAGUCUUUUGGAUGGGUGUAGUUAAUGCUAUACCUAGUGGAUGGCGCUCCAUUAGGAAAGGAAAUGUGCUCACUGCACCAUCACUGUUGGACGAAAGUUCUUAUUUUUUGUCAGUGAAAGGUGACAUGAUAGAAUUUUGUCCCUAUAAAUCAA